GUCGUGAGUUAGAUAAUUUUUUUAAUUGCUGCAGCGGAAUACUUUGUAUUCUUAAACAAAUUUGUAUUACACGACAAAAUUGUUUAAUUCUAAAAAAUGGACGCAAAAUAAUAACGAAUGUGCUGAAAACAUACGCUUUUUUCUAAAAUUCUGAAUCUCUGUGAAAUAUUUAUGUGUAAUAAAACUUUUUACUUCUAGAAAAUAUAUGAGUAAUAGCAAAUUUUACGAAUCUAUUACAACGCUAUUAGAGCGUUCUAGUACUAUUUUUAUUAUUUUCCUACUAUAAAAAAACAAAAAUCAGCAAAUGAAAGAAGAAAUUUCCCAAGUCUAAAAGAAAGCUUUUAUUUCAUUAUACGAAAAUCUGCUAACUCCAUUUAUCAUGAUCGAUUUAACGAAAAUGAAGAUCCAUGUUUGUGCUGUUCUCCUCACUCUAGCGAUUUACUUCAGUUUUAUUGAAUUAAGUUCACAGUACAAUAAAGAUCAACUUAAGGAAGACGUUAGGUAUCUUCCAGCUGAAUUUGGCGUCUGGUACAACAUAAAGGAUAAUGGAACGGUAGAGUUAAAUAAUGGGCAAAAAGAACCAACUCAUGUACUUACGGACAUAGAUGGGGAUACAGUGGUUAGCGCAUUAGAAAUAGAUGGGGACAAAAAAAUAGUACGUCCAUUAAUGAUAGACAAACAACAUGUUAAGGUGGACUCCAGAUUUUAUUACAAUUGGGAUGACGAUGAUGCGGCCUUAUAUGAACUCAAUUUUAACGAAGAGCUUGAAUAACAAAUUACUUUAAAUUUCCGACUGCAAAGCCUUUUUAAUUCCGACAUCCGCCCUUUAUCAAGGAGAGAGAAAUCACUGUUUGAUUAAUAUUAUUUUCUAGUGUUAGUAUUAUUUCAUAGUAGGAAAACAGGAUAUAUUGGUUUUAUUGUUUACACGGAAUUAUUUAUAAAUUAUUACACGGCUUACUGGUUUCAUGGAAAUAAUUUCGGCACAGCAGCAGCGCCACCUACGGUACAACAAUUAUGAGUAGGCUUCGCAUAGCUGUUAUACGCUUUUGGCGCAGAGGACGCCCCAGACUAGUUCUCCCAACUAGAUUUUAGGGUAUUGAUGAGCAUGCGUGAAUAAACGCCUUUUAUUGGCACUGCUUGACGCAUGCGCAGUAGUGCACCGGAACAUCUUCAGUAUCACAUAGCUAAACGGCGCAGCAAGUAUGCCAAACGAAUGCAUAACAUUCGUCCCAGCGAUUGGUAAAACUGAUGUGCUAGUAGGAAGGUGCAUAUAAAUUUCCAUAUAAACAAAUAUGUACCAUGAAUUAUGUGCAAACGACUUCUUAAAUUCUUAUUAGAUGUGACUUUUCUUUGAAUGUAUAAUUUCAAGUUGUAACAAUUUUCCUGUAAAUUAAUUCUAACAUUUUAAUUUGAAUUCGCCUGAAAAAUAAUCUUUUGUAAUGAGAAAAAUUUAUUUGUAGAUUAAAGAAAUAAAUGGAUUUAAUACGA